AUGAAUCAUAUGAAGGCAAGAUUUCACAAGUUACUGGAUUUUGACGAGCUUGGUUUUGAUGCAUUUUCAACAAAAAGACGCUACCUUACUUCCGAUACUAAUUCGUUGUCGCGCAUAUUACCAAUGCCUUCACCAUGUUAUUUGAACCCUCCGGGUGAACCAUCGUUCAACGAAAUCCUUAUCACUACCGUUCGCGAAUAUCCUGCUUUGUAUAGCAAUCAGCGUAGGACUUUCGAGAAUAUCGACAGGAGCAAAGUUUGGGAAGAAGUUGCAGCUAAAAUAGGGCGUGGCGUGACAGGAGAAUUCGCCAAGAAGCGCUGGUUGCAACUUCGUGAUCGUUAUCGCAAAGAACUGAAAAUAUCGAUUGCUCAGAAUUUUAGUCAACCUCAAAAAUGGAGCCAUUUUCCACUCUUAAAUUGGCUCGAUCCAUAUCUUCAAGGAGCAAUACCAAUUACACCGAACAGUUCAGCUCCCUGUUAUACUCUUGAUAAUGUUAGUACUACUGGUAAUAGUGAUGCAUUUUACGAAAAUUUUGCUGUCAAGUUGUCGUCUGCAGAAUUAUCAGCUGGCGCAAAUGAAAGCAUAUUAUCGGAAUGUUUUGAUGAUUUAAAACCGGUGAUGUCAACUCUUCAAUCAGUACUUGCUGUUGCUGAGGCUACCGCAAAUUUGAAAAAGGAAGCUGCGGCUGUAGCUGGAAAGAAAAAAGAAUUGUCGAUAACACUAGAAAACGGUUUUGAAACCGAUGGAGAUAGCGAUAUGAACUGUUCAGAUAUUAGUGCAUGUAAUGGGAAAAUAUCGAAGGAACAAUGUGGAAGUCCAUCACCUUCAUCUCCUCAAGCUUCGGUUGCCUCAGUGCAGGAUGAUGGUAAUUUAAAAAGUGCUCGAAUGCCCAGUGGUUGUUCAACACCUCAAGAAUUGCAACCAUUACAUGAUGGACCAUCUCAUUUGUCAGCAUUUGAUGGGCCCAAUGUAGCCUCAUCGCCGUGCACUUCUGAAGCAGGCCUUGAAACAGAAGAGAUAUUACAUGUGCAUGGUCCUCCUUGUCCUAUGAAAUCUCAGGAAUAUCACGAUGUAGCUAACGCUAUAUCCUCUUCAACAGUCAUUAUCCCACAACACCAGAGCUCAUCUACAAAUGCCCCAGCCAUAGCUUUAGCCAGGACGGGUAAUCCAGUUACUUUUAAAUCACUGAUAUCACAUCCCACUCGAAAUUCGCCGUACCGACUACCUGUUUAUUCAAGUGUUAGAUUUCGGGCACGAAAUAUGAAGAAGCAACAGCAACAGCAGAUGAAUUUAACGAAAUCAUUCCAACAAGUAAAUUCAAUCAAUAGCACUAAUAGCACGGAUGCGGACUGGAUUAAUGAUGAAGAAAUGCUUUUUGCUCGUUUUGUUGGUUUACGAUUGAAAAAAAUGAAUUCACACUGUAGAAGCAUGGCACGAAUGAAAAUUAUGCAAAUAUUGGAUAGCUAUGAAGAGGGAAUGAUAGAUGAUGAAUAA